AUGCGUCCCCUCACCGAAUCAGAGACGCAGACCCUCUUCUCCAAACUCGCAAACUACACCGGCAGCUCCCUGAACCAUCUAAUAGCUCCUCCAUCGUCGUCGGAAGGCAAUGGCUCUGAAGACGAAAGGCAUGUCUUUCGCCUACACGGCUCGCGAGUCUAUUAUGUCCGUCUCUCCAUCGCCAAUCUCGCAACGUCCAUUGCGCGACCAAAUCUUCUCUCCGUUGGCACCUGUAUCGGAAAAUUCACAAAGACGGGAAAGUUCAGACUUCACAUCACUGCUCUAGAUGUUAUUGCGCCUCAUGCGAGAUACCAGGUGUGGAUUAAACCAAAUGGAGAAAUGCCUUUUCUUUACGGUGGGAAUGUUGUCAAAGCGCAUAUUGGGCGCUGGAGCGAAGACUGCCCCGAACACCAAGGCGUGGUGGUAAUGUCAAUGGACGAUACUCCUUUAGGAUUUGGCGUAACGGCUCGUUCGACCGCCGAGGCCCGUCGGUUAGACCCGACCGGAAUCACGACGUUUAGGCAAGGAGAUAUUGGAGAAUACCUGAGAGAAGAAGAUACACUUUUCCAAACAACAUAA